AUGUCACCAAAGGAUAGUCCUCCAACUGAAUACACACCCCGAGCAUGGCUUGUUAUAUUUGGCGCCUUCACAUGUGCCUUUUGCACUGUGGGCUUUAUGAACUCGUUCGGUAUCUUCCAAGAGUACUACACAAAAAACCAGCUAUCCUCAAGCUCCACAUCUACCAUCGCAUGGAUCGGGGCUAUGUCAAUAUUCUUUUUGUUUGCUACAUCUGUCGGGGCGGGAGCAAUGCUUGAUAUUUUUGGACCGAAGCUUAUGGUAUAUGUUGGCUCAUUCGGGUGCGUUUUUGCGGUUAUGAUGACUUCACUAUGCGAGGAGUUCUAUCAAUUCCUACUCGCUCAGGGUAUCUUGUUAGGUAUUUCCAUGGGUCUGGUGACAUGGCCAAUACUCGCAUUGGUCGGACAAUAUAUCAAGGUGAAGCGUGCUGCGGCGAUGGGGAUUGUCCUUGGGGGUUCGUCGCUCGGGGGAGUUAUUUGGCCCGUUGCAAUUGACAGAUUGAUCAAUGAGCCCAAAAUCGGGUUUCCCUGGACCAUGCGAAUUGUCGGCUUUAUCAUGAUUCCUUGCUUGAUUUUCUCUUGCACAGUUGCAAGAUCCCCGGAUACGCGGACAAACAAUCUGGAGAAUCGCGAUUCAAAUCAGGAAAGUGGUGAAAAUACCACUGAACAAAAGAACCAACAGCAGAGUCACAAGACAGAGGCGCUGGCCCUUUUGCGAAAACCAUCACUGCAGCUACUGUGCCUCGCCAUGUUCGUCAUAUACUUUGGCAUGUUCUCGCCGUUCUUUUAUACGACUUCCUACGCGGUUGAGCAGGGAUUCUCGACAUCCCUGGCAUUCUAUACCGUUUCAAUUGUGAACGGGGCUUCAUUCUUCGGCCGAGUCCUCCCUGGCGUCAUUGCUGAUAAGUGGGGAAAAUUCAACUGUUGCAUCAUAGCCACUAUAUCCGCAGGGAUUGUUGCAUUGUGCUGGACAAAGGUGACAUCUGUGGCCGGUCUGGUAAUUUGGUGUGCUGCAUACGGCUUUGCGUCUGGAGGCAUUUUAUCUCUCCAGCAAGCCUGUGCUGCCCAGGUUUCUGGUUCUACCACUCUUGGUUUGGCAAUCGGGGCCGUAUCAGGUUCCACAGCUCUAUCUGCUAUGGCAAAUAUACCAAUCAGUGGUGCUCUACUUGAAAAGCAUGGGUACCUUUCCCUGUCAAUAUUUUCGGGAGUAUCCUUACUACUAGGUGGUUUACUUAUGAUUGCUGCGCGUCUGGUACAGAACAAACAGCUUCGAGCUAUCGUGUAA